AAAGUCCAUCAAAUAUUGGAGCUGAGUUUUACAAAUUGCUUUUUCGUCAUUCCUCCAAAAUUUAAAAUUUAAAAUUUGAGAGUCUAAACUUGAGUUAAUUCACACACAGGCCAAAAAGAAGAGCAUAUUGACAAGAAAGCUUCAGCAAAUUCUCCACGACCACCACAACUACUCACACAACACCUUAAACUUACAAAUAUCUGAUCCAAUCCAUGGUGUUAAUGCCCUUCUCUGAAUUUUUCAUGGAGGAACCCAAGCUCCUCACAAUCGCCCACCUAAUCCAUGCUGCUCGUCCCCUCACUGCCGCAUUCUCUCACCACUCCCACCUCUCCUCCCAUUCCGAUCAGAUACCCGCCACCUCUUCUGCUCCACCUCUUCCUCCCAAAAAACACAAUUCAAACCAGAACCCUAAAGUUCUCACUCCACUCCACUACCCGGCUCUCCUUAUCGGAACUGUAACACUCCCAGCGGUUGUACAUGGUGUUUCUUCUUCCUCUUCUACUCGAUGCUCUAACAACAACUCUUGUUUCCAGUUCUCCGAUGGUUCAGCUACUGUCUGCUGCGACAUUCUCGACCUCCAUCUGUCGAUGAUUGGAAGUAAAAUCCGUGUUCUUGGCUGGAAUUUUAUUCCUUUUAAGCGAGGAGGUGGUUUCUUAGAGAUUAUUCGAUGGGGAUUUUUGGACUUAGGGCGUGGUUCUUCUCGGAGUUCCGAAGUGGAGUCUUAUUCAUUAGUUUCAGGCGGCUGUGAAAAUGGUUCCAAGUGUCGCCAUCGCCUCCACGGCGUAUUGGAGUUUAUUAGCCCGAUUUGUGUGGUUCCCUGUGCAUCAUCAGGUGGUGGAAACUUACGGAACACUGCUAAAUCCGAAACAAUUCCAGGUUUGAAUCUUCGCGGGUUUUUGGUUCAAAUUAUGGUCUGUGAGUGUAGGUUGUGUAGUUCCAAAUCUAAGGACACCAUUUCUGCCUUGAAUGAUUCAGUUGAAGAACAGAGUAAUCAUUCUUUUACCAAACCCUUUAUUGUAUAUUUUUGUGGACAAGCUUCAUCUUGGCACCCAGUAAUUACAAAACAAAUUGGGAAUGUUGUAACUAUCUCAAACUUGAAGAAGAAGUUAGUUUAUAUUGGAGACCAACAUUCUCGUUUGAUGUAUGUUACUGCGGAGAAGUCUUGUUUAAGCAUUUCUAGAUAUCGAAGACAUAAAAUUCAUCCAAAUAACAAAACUAAUGUCGAGGGGAAAGGAGAAUGUGGAUCCUACACUGGCGUAGUGCGAGGAGUAUACAUGCAAGGGAUGGUUGUUGAGCUUGAUAAUGAAGUCUGGCUUUUACUAACUAACCAUUUGAUUACUCCGCCGCAUAGUCUCAGGGUUGGUGCUCUGAUAUCUUUGAGAAAUGUUCAUUUUGUGAAUCCAAGAUUUUCCUGGACGAAGAUGCUUAUACUAGGUGCUUGCUACAAGACUAGUAUUACCGUGAAGUGCUUCUCUCCAUUGGUAACUGGGUGUCAUAUAAUAUCUCAAUCACCCAGUAUGUUAGGGAACUUCAUUGACUCGUUAGUCUUUUCUGCUAGAUUUUGGGUAUUACUUCUUAUUUCAUGUUUUCGGAAGAAGUUUGGAGGUAUGCUAUCCGAGAAGGAGAUAUUGGGAUCAAAACAUAAGGAAGGAUUGGUUCAGAUAUAUGCUAAUGCACAUUUACCUCCAUCCAUGCUUCGAUCUCCACAAGGAGUUUUCAUGUCACUGUGCAAAUAUAAUUCGUGUGGCUGUGAGGGGCAUAGUAGUGACUUGAAAUUGGUUGUGCCUCUAGCAACUUUUAUCCAUCAUUGUGAUGCUACAUGGAUGAGAACAGUACAAUUGAAGAAAGACAGAGACAAAGAGUUACAAGAGAACAACUUAUACAGUUUAUUCUUAUGUGAAGGGAGAUCAUAUGAUCAACCGAUUAGGAAUGUUUUCUCAAGUGAAGAUAUAGGCAUUGUGUUAAUUGGAAGUCUGCAGAUUUCUCCAUCUUCCGGCAGAUUGCAGUUGGUUGAUGCCACUAGUAGUGUUGAUGUCAUUAUACCAGACCUUCCAUCAACGUGGAAUUCCAGCAGUAUAUAUGAGGUGGUUGACUACAUUCUUGUUCUUGAAGGAAUGCCUCAACUGAUGGAUUAUUUGGGAUUGAUUGGCAAGCCAUUCUCAUGCAAAAGUGUCUUUAAUUUUAUCUCAUUAGCUAGGGCAGUAAACUUGGCUGUCCAUGUUCAAUUUCACCUACGGAGUGCAGCAUGUAGAAAUUUGGUAUUUUAUCCUCGUACUGAAUUAGGAGAAGAUAUGGGACUUGAAAGUGGAAUUUAUCAUUUGCUUCAUGUAACUCAUAAAUUUCCAGUUCUGGGCAAGUUUCAGGGCGACAAUAUUACCCCAGACAAAUCGAACAUAUUUGUUGAGGCUGUCAUCUUUCAUUGGAAUUUAUUCCUUAAUGAAAAAGAUGGACAUGCAACUAUGGAUUCAGGAGAUCAGUUGAAGAAACGGAUGAAAUAUUGUGAUGGCAGGCAUCAUGAUGAACAUAUUUUUAAGAGAUGUAAAAAAGACCAUAUAUCAAGCAAGGAAUUGUCGGAUUUGGUAGAUACUCCUUGUAAGGCUAUUGGGAAAUUAAGGACUUGUUUAAAUUCUUCUGAAUCCUGUGACAAGCAGAGCUUUUGCAACUUUACUUCUCACCAAAUUUCUUGUUCUGCAACUAUUAAAGGUGUCAAUAAUCGUAGUGUGGUUCGUUCAGUUAUCCUGCCUUAUACAGGAACCUUAAAUGGUUGUGGCUUUUGCAGACCUAGUGCACAAAAAGUUUUGCUGGAGUUGAAGCCAGAAAGUUUACAUAUAUAUCAAUUCCUGCAGAUUGGUUGCUACUAUAUUACAAAGCAUGAUGGAGAAGAUUCUUUAUGUAGUUUUAAAGAUUCUGACCAUGUCAGCAGUGCCAAAUUUUUUGUAACUUCCAGACAUCGUCUCCUGAGCCUUUCGUUUAUUCCUGAUCAUGCUCUCCCAGGAAGUAAUUUACCAAGCUGUUCUCUAUUAGAUUCUUGUUCACUCUGUGAUGAGGUUUCUUUGAAAAAUUGCAAUGAGGCCUGCCUCCAUGUAGCAAAUGGUGAUUGUUUAGAAACCUCUUCAGAUGUUUCUGUUCGUGUGCCUUUAAAUAUGAUUAAUUUGUUGGACUUAAAUUUGAGAGAAGUGAAAGGGGGCCUCUUUGAACCAGUUGUGACAUCUGAAGAAAUUGCUGAGGUUUAUGCAUGCCCAGGGACUGUGGCCUCUUAUCCUCCAUCCUUUUCUAAUUCUAAUUGCUUGCCACCUGAGGGUAAUUUAAUUACUUUGCAAGGGCAUGUGGUUGCUGCACACUAUUCUCAACACCAUGGUGACUCUCUUAAAUCAAAAUUCUUAAGUGGAAUUGCAAGCACUUCCUGUUUUCAUGUUUUGGUUGAGCAUCAAAUUGUGAAGAUAGUUGGUUCAUUGAGUAAACAUGCUCUCCCUCUUGGUCUUGGACCUGGUGUAGAUGCAAUAUUUCAUCGAGUUCUCCAAUUGGGGGGCCAGAAUAGAUGGGUGUUGACACCUGUGUCAUUUAUUGUGAUAACUUCCAUUGGGGCUGUGAAUAAUUCAUGCAAUGACCAGUGUCCUGCUCUUGUUCCAGAAAUGAGUUGUUUUACCUCCAUGGACACUUCAUUUUCGGGUUUGGCUUCUGGUUUUACUUCUCUGGACAAUUUAUCCUCUAGUCUGAUUUCAAAGUUGGUUCAACAACCUGAUUGCAGGCUAAUGCGUAUACAUUGCAGGGUUGUUUCUGUUAAUAUCCUGGUUUUUGAGAAAUAUAGAAAAUGGGUUCCCCUUCUAUCUAAGGCCCGUCCUCUGCAGCAUCUAGUCAACAUUCCAAUUGCUGGUUUUUUCUUGGAUGAUGGGUCAUCUCCUUGCUUUGGCUGGGCAAAUGGUGAAAGAGCUAGAAGCCUUCUCAGGCUGAACGAUGAACUUCCAAAGAAAGCCCAUGAACGUAAUAACUGGACAUUAAAGGGGGUUGACACUGAUGAAAAUACACACCACACCAUCAGUUAUCAUCUUGAGAGAAUUUUAGAGAACCAUGACAGGAUUACAGUAAAAAACUUUGGAUCAUUGUACGAUUCCUCAUACCAAGAUCUUGUUGUAUCUGUUAGUCCAGAAAAUUCCCUUAGUGUUUCAGAUGAAAACUUCCUCAAAUCUGUUGUCUUGAAUGCUUGUUUUGGUACAUCAUGGACGAUCAUUGCAUCGAUGGUGGAUUUAGAUGCUGUUGGGCAGUUGGAGAUAGAAAAACUUUUACUACCAGAGAUUAGAACAAAAUCCAUGAAAAAUGUAUGGGCCAAAGAAGUUCAUAUUACAAACCCCUUCACUGAGGCUAGGAAUGUUAUUCAAGAAUUGCUAGGCAGCCCCACCGCUGAGUGUGGUAGUAGUGUCUGCAGCAGCACAUAGUGAGCCAUGGUCCAUCAACAUCAUCCUCUGAUGGUCCUGUUGUUGGCGUCUUAGUUACUAUUCUCAUCUUAGGAGCAAUGGCAGUAAUGGUGGGUGGGUUGUGCUCAGGCAAGAGAAUCAUGGGCUAUGGAGAUUUCUUCUUGCAUUGACAGUAGAAUCCAAGUUAAUACACCCCUUUGCCCAACCUUGAUUGAGAUGAAAUUACUUGAUUGAGAUGGCUUGCUUGUAUUUUUGGAUUAUUGGUGGUGGGUCUUUUGUCUUUUUUACUCUUUUCAGUAGCCAAAAAUGUAAUAUGAGUUUACUUUUGACUGAUUUCUGGAUGUUGAAAUUUCAUUCCUUUUUGUUUUAGUUCCA